GUCCUCAGCGCCGUCGCGCAGGAUAGGAGGAGGAGACCGGACAGCCGCUCGUCGCACCUUCCCGCCGCCUCUUCCGCGUCUUGGGGCUCUCCCAGCAGCCUGUGGAAACAUGGUGGAUUACUAUGAAGUUCUAGGCGUGCAGAGACAUGCCUCGGCCGAGGACAUUAAAAAGGCGUACCGAAAACUGGCGCUGAAGUGGCAUCCAGAUAAAAACCCUGACAACAAAGAAGAAGCAGAGCGGAAAUUCAAACAAGUGGCCGAGGCCUACGAGGUGCUGUCUGAUGCUAAAAAGCGGGACAUCUAUGACAAAUAUGGCAAAGAAGGACUGAAUGGAGGUGGAGGUGGGAGCCACUUUGACAAUCGGUUUGGCGAGUUCGGCUUCACGUUCCGGAACCCAGAGGACGUGUUCAGGGAUUUCUUCGGUGGAAGGGACCCAUUCUCGUUCGACUUCUUUGACGACCCCUUCGACGACUUCUUCGGGAACAGGCGGAGCUCCCGCGGGAGCCGGAACCGCGGCGCAGGCUCCUUCUUCUCCGCCUUCAGUGGAUUUCCGUCUUUCGGAGGAGGGUUUGCUGCUUUUGACACAGGAUUUUCGUCCUUCGGGUCACUAAGUCACGGGGGCCUCACUUCAUUCUCUUCCACAACGUUCGGUGGUGGUGGGAUGGGCAGCUUCAAAUCCGUGUCCACUUCCACCAAAAUGGUCAACGGCAGGAAAAUCACUACGAAGAGAAUCAUCGAGAACGGUGAAGAGAGAGUGGAAGUUGAAGAAGACGGCCAGCUCAAGUCCUUAACGAUAAAUGGUGUGGCCAAUGAAGCAGCCUUCCUGGAAGCAUGCCGGCUCAGGGGCCAGCAUGCGCUUCCCGCACAGCCCGCCAGCACCAGUGCCCGCCCGCUGAAAGCCCACAAGCCCGCCCCGCUGCCCAAGCACGCGUCCCCUCCCCACGUCAGCGAGGAGGAGGAGGACCCCGGCCGCCACCGGCCCAGCAGCCACUGGGACCCCUCCGUGCUGGCAGGACUCAAGGAAGGCGGCAAGAGGAAGAAGCAGAAGCACAAGGACGAGUCCAAGAAGAAGAAGUCGACCAAGGGCCAGCACUGAGCGCGGGGCCGCGCCGCUGCGCCGGGCGGUGUGCGCGCUAGGUAGGGUGUCGCCGCGCCGGCCCCAGACACACCUGCCCCGGCACUGGGCUUUGGAGGGACGGCGAUUGGCGGUGGCCGCUGUGGGCAUGACGAGCACGAGGCGGUGGGGGCCUCGCUCCCUGGCGCCGAGACAGCUCCCUGCCGCGUGGUUGUGGCGCUCCCCUGUCCUCCCUGUCGACGCCACCACGGUGCCGACUCCCGAUGUAGCUGUAGUUUUAGUGGCGUGACGCCGAGGCUCAGACAGGCUGCGGGUGUCUGUUCGUCCGCUCGCAGGGGCGCUCCUGCCUGUGGCAGCGCGGUUCUGGUGACCGGAAAGUAGCAUGUGUAGGUGACUCGCAGGUGACACACCUCGCAGCCCAGCGGGCCUGGCGGGCGCCCCUCGGGUCAUGGCUUCCGCCUGGUCCCCUCCACGCCGUCCAGGGGGCCUCGGGGCCGCAGUUUUCGCUCAUCCCACCUUCUGUCCCGGGCCCACGAGGGUUCUGUUCAGCACGUGGCAGGAUUCCCCCGGAUUCGUUCGAGGGCCCCUGUGUCUCUGAGUUGAGGUCUUGCCGGGACCGGGCUGCGCUGUCAGUGAGCACACUCGCAUGCACACGCCUGUGCCACGGGCUCCCGCUCCGGCGACUCCGUGGCCUCGGCAGCGGCUGCUUUGCAUGUGCUGCUGCUUCGCCUUCGCUGCCGAGUGUGGCCCUGACCCUGUUGCCCCGCGGAUGCCGCUCGCCCGCCUUUCCCUGACCCUUGUGGAAGGGGGGGCAGCGAAAGGUGUGGACGCAGUGUGAAGUGCCAGCAAUCGAGCCCGCGGUCUGGAGGCUGGGAAGCCUGUGCGCCCAGGCCGGCCGCCCGGCGGGUGUGACCACGUCCGGGGGCUGCUUGGUGGGCGGGCGUGCCCGCGGGAUGCGGCCCGGGGUCUGAUGCUCGUGUGGGAACCGGCUGCCGUGAAUAAAGCGUGAGUGUCACCGUG